UCCAAAACACUCGGGACAGUGCUGUAAACUUUUACAGAACGAGACCAAAUCAAGUUGGUCACGCGGAUCGAGUUGUAGCGAAAGUGUUUUCAUCGUUUGAUCAAAGCUUCCCGCUUUUAGUCGACCACUUAUAGUGAAGACUACAUCCAUUUUCUUGUCCACAUAUCAAAGACACAAUGGAUGCGAAUACUGGAACUCCGGGUCAAUCGGCAUCGGCAAUGGGCACACUCGUCGGAGUGAUGAAUACAGCGUAAGUGACCCCAAGACGUCGAUAUUGCAUGAUUUUUUUGCUUUCAUUUGAAACUUGAGAUUAAUCGACACCCUUUUAACUAAUGUCAACGCUGCUGCUGUCCUUGCAAUCAACACCCGGCGACUCGACGGAAUUGAUUGACGAAUGAACAAACGAAUGACUCAAAAUCGAACCACAAUCUUUAUGAUUGUUUUUCAGCAAGGAAAAAUGGGAUUCGUCUGGUGCCAACGACGCCGUUUCAAAAUUUUCUGCUUCAAUUCCUGAUUCUACAAAGGACUACAUUUCCCAAACAACAGGGCAGUUUUUCAGCCGUGAAAGGUUGCGAACCGUUUCUGUGUGUUUUGGAAUCGGGGAAGAACGUCCCUUUUAUGUCGAAAAAACGCCUUCCUUGUUGCUCGUGCGCUUGAAACACAACUUCCAAUUUUUUUACCUCAAUUAUCUUUUGAUGUUGGCAGUUCUGUUUGGUUUGACGCUUUUUGUUACUCCAUCUGCCAUCAUUGGCAUUGCAUUGUUGGCGAUGGCAUGGGUGUAUGUCAUUAGGGCAUCGCAAUCUGGGUCUCUAAAAAUAGGGUCUUUUUCUGUCACUCAAACACAAGCCACCAUUGUCAUGGGCGUGGUCAGCUCACUCACUCUAAUUUGGAUCMUGAGUAGCGUUUUCUGGUGGGCCUUGGGUUCCUCUGGUUUCUUAACAGUACUCCACGCUGGUCUAAGAGAUGCUUCGAUGCACCAGGACGGAGAAGAUCAAGUUACUAUGGUAGGAGAAGUAGAACCUGCCGGAGAACAAGCGGCUUUUUUGGGGCAGGUCUGAUAGAGCUCCAUACAUAAAUUAAUUAACUAUCCGUAAAUGU